UCCCCUCGCUGCAGAGCAGAGUCCCAGGUUUCUCCAGGACAACAUUCAGACACAGCAGGCUCCCAGGGCCACCGCAAUGCCCAUCCCUGCCUCCCCACCCCGCCUGCCUCCACCAUCCCUGCUGCUGCCUCUGCUGCUUGGACUCACAGGAGCAGCAGGUGAAGAGGAGUUGCAGGUGGUUCAGCCUGACAGGUCAGUGUCAGUCGCAGCCGGACAGACGGCCACUCUGAACUGCACCCUGACCUCUGUGCUCCCUGUGGGACCCAUCAAAUGGUUCAGGGGGGCUGGACCAGGCCGCGAGUUAAUCUACAGUUUUAAGGGAGGAGAAGGCUCCUUCCCCCAAGUAACACAUAUUUCAGAUGCCACGAAAAGGAACAACAUGGACUUCUCCAUCCACAUAAGUAGAGUCACCACAGCAAAUGCCGGUGUCUACUACUGCGUUAAGUUCCAGAAAGGGACCCCUGAUGUAGAGAUUAAGUCUGGACCGGGAACCAGGAUGUUUGUGCGGGCUAAGCCCUCUCUUCCAGAGGUUUCUGGCCCCUCCAACAGGUUCAGCCCAGGUGAAGUAGUGAAUUUCACCUGCACAUCAACUGGCUUUUUUCCCAAAGUUGUAGAUUUGAAAUGGUUUGAAAAUGGCAUGGAGCUUCCAGCCCUUCAGACCUUUGUCUUACCACCUGGAGACGCGUCCUCUUACACCAUCAUCAGCACUACCUCCGUGACCCUUGCCUUAUCAUCACUCAGUGCCCAGAUCACCUGCCAUGUGGAUCACAGUGAAUUGCCAAGCCCUCUCAGUGGGCAUGUGAACAUCUCCAAAUUCCUCCAAGUUGUACCCACAGUGACUAUAUCAUCACACGGGGUCCCAAGCCUCCAGGCGGCCAUCCUCACCUGCCACGUGCACAGGUUUUACCCUGAAGUACAGAUCACCUGGCUGGAGAAGAAGGAAUGUUCCAAGACUUGUGAGGCCCUCACCCCCACCAAGAACCCAGAUGGCACGUUCAGCCAAGACAGUCACAUCCUGGUCAACACCUCAGAGGACCAAAGGCUGUUCACCUGUCAAGUGUGGCGUGAGGCCCAGACACUGGUCCAGGCCAGCAUGCAGCUGAGCAAGUUUAGAGAAGGGCAUGCGCGUUUGGGUGCCAGAGAAUUCAGCUCCCUCUUCGGGCCCCUCAUUCUGCUGGGCUGGAAGUUGUUUCCCCUGACUGCACUUCCCAUCAUCUACGUCUUCAGGAGGAGCGUCCCUUCCAAGAGGAUUGAUCCAGGAGGGGCACCUGCCAUGAUGCCCGAAACCACUGCGAAUGCUUCUCCUGCCUCAUCAGCCUUUUGAGGCCUGUCCAGCACGGGCUGACCCCUCCCUCUCCUGCAGCCCCCAGAGGAGGUGAGAGCCUGGCCCAGGAAGGUCAGUGGUGAGAGGUGGGCUCUCACAUCCUACGCAGGAGAGAAGCGUCUUGGGAGAUUCUAGGCACCAAAUCCGUGACCCUGAGCAAGAAAAUCCAUCACAGGCAGAACAGGCUCCCACCCUGGGGAAUACGCAUUCUGGCAAUCCCGAGGGAUGCUUCCUGGCUCCUGAAGGAAAGCCCACUGUGGGCACCCCAACUGCCAUCAAACCACUAUAGCCCAUCAUUAAAAAGGGAUUAAAGGAAACACUAUGGCCAAUAAGCAUAUGAAGAGACAUCCAAUCUCAUUUGUAAUCAAGAAACAUCAAAGCAAAACCACACUGAGCUGCCAUUUUGUUCCUAUCCAAAUAGAAAAAAUAAAGCAUCAGCUGACUCUUUCAUACAUUGCUGAUGGCAUGGAAAUUGGCACAGCCACUUUGGAAAACAGCAUAGAAAAUCUUAAGUUGAACAUUCACACACCCCCAUAACCUGGCAUUUCCACUCGGGUUAUACCCAAAAGAAACCCUUGCACAUGCCCACCAGGAGAUGUGUGCAAACAUAUACAUGGUACAUGGUUUAAAAUUAGUAAAACCUGACAACAGUGCAAGCACUCAUCUACAGGAUGAUGGGCAAAUAAUUUAGUGCAAUCACAGAACGGAAUGUUAUACAACAGUAAAAAUGAAUGAACUGCAGCUACACACAAUAUAUGGGUAAAUCUUAGCAAAAAAAGUAGGGAUAAGAUCUCAUACAGUAUGCUAUCCUUUUUGUAAAGUUAAAACAGUGAAUAAAUUGUUUUUAGGAAUACAUAUAAAUAUGAUAAGCCACUUCUUCAAAAAAGAACAAUGCACCCAAGAUUUUAAAUAGUAGUUACCCGAGGGGGAGAAGGGGGGAUGAGAAGGGGGUGUACUUACAGGUAGACGGAGGUUAAUUUUCAGGAUUCUAGCUUCCAUGCUGGGUGGUGGCUUCAUUAAUGUUUCUAUCAUUGUAAACAAAAAAUAAAUAGAAUAACAAUAUAAGAUUGAUAACUAGGUAUGUGAGUAGACAGGUAGGUCGAUGGAUGGUGGGGAGGGGAGGAGGGAAGAUGGGUGGAUGGAUGGAAGGAUGGCAGGUAAACAGAUUGAUGAAAGAGGAUCACACAUGGGUCAGUGACAAGGGUACCAUGAAGCAAGAAUUAUUUUAGGUACAAUUCUAGUUACUUUAGAUUCAAAAGAAAAAAAUAGGACUUUUUUUCCCAAAAAAAGGACAUUACCUAAAGAACCCCAAGUUCCCCUCCUGUUAUGACAUCCUAAGAUUUCCACAUAGGAGGAAAACUAUUCAACUACAACUAAUAGCUGACGGGUGGCACGUGACUCUGGCACUUACGUGCAGUAUCUUAUUUGAUCCUCACUCCAAUCCCACAAGGUGGGCGCCAUUCCCCAUUUUCCAGGUGAGGGAUCUGGUGGAACCUAUUCAGUGUUACUCAGAUAUCAGAUGGCAGAGCCACAAAAUCCAGCUUCAAUCCCAACUCUGCUCGGUACUGCCCAAGGAGCCACACUGCCUACGGUUCUGGAGACACAUGGGGAGAUCUUGGCCCUCCUCAUUCUACUGCUUCCUGAUCUCUCAGGCCUGAUGCUCUGCACUAAUGCCCACUCCAUGCCACAGAGUGGGGAGCAGAGGGAAAGAACACACAUGCUUUUCUAAGUUGGAAGGUGGUUCUGGAUGUCGGGUUAGUCCUGAGUCCCAAAAUGGUCCUGGUAAAAAUCUGGGAGGAGAUAGUGUAGUCCAAGUUCUGGAGAAAGGCUCUCUAUCAAAGGAUAAACAUACCCAGGGGAAGUAGGCAUGUCAGGGUUAGAACAGCCACAACUGUAUCCAAGGCAUGCCGCUUUGGCAUGUGGAUUAUUUCAAGCUGAAAACAAUCAAGGCCCAAAAGACUCAGGAGGAGAUGUCGACACCCUGCCCACCAUCACCAACAUCCUAAAGAAUUUAGAAUACCUGAUCCAGAAAAAGGGCUAUCCACAGAUACCUACAUUAUAAUACAAACUAGGCAUGAUAGACAGGGAGGAACCUAGCAAGGCCUGUUUGAUCAGAGUCCUCUCUGUGUCCCAUCAUUUCUGGGUGGCUCAGCAACCAUUUAUUUACCAAACAUUUACUCUUUUCCAUCUUCCUGUCAAUUGCCUUCCUUCCCUUUGAAGCCCCAGACCUCUACCCACUUGCCUUAGUCCAGAAUAACAGAGAAGGUAGGAAGAAAGAAAUAAGAAUGUGGUAAGUAUUCUGAAGAAAAAAGCGUUCACAGAAUAAUGCAGAUUGCAAUGACAGAGAUACCCACAGGGAUCUGGAAUUAAGUGGCUGUGAUCUAGAAAAAAUAGGAGAGAAGGCCUUUCCAAAAAAGGGAAUGGUUGAGCUGAUAUCUGAAAGUUGCAAGAGACUGGGGAAAUAGGCUUGUUUCAGGGACCCCACUGUGCCAAGAAGUAAGGAAUGAAGGAAUCUGGAACAUUCAAGGAAGAUGUAGAGGCCAGUGGAGCUGGAAUCUGAGAGUAAUGGGACAUGAAACAACACUGCAGACCUGAGCAGAAGCCAAAUCACACAGGGCUCUCGGCCAAGAUAGAAUGCUUGAAUUCUCAAAGAAAAGAAUGGCCAGAUGUACAAGUUUUAAUACACAGAAUAAAUUACAAGAUCUGACUUAC